UUCAAUGAAGACAUUGAACAGUUAUUUUAAAUACAUGCAAAUCAAAUAGUUUACUGUCACUGGGUUAAGGGCAGUUAUUUUUAUCGGCGAGGGUUAAAAUUAAUGUAAUCUUCGUGGUUUGUUUUUUUUUUUUGGUCAAAUUAAAAUGUCGGGGGCCAAAUCGAAAUUAAAAUGGGUACCUGUCAAACCAAUUCGAAGAUCGGACAACAUUAUUUCAUCAGAAGCACGAGCGUCUGGCUAUACUGGCUUUCAAACGUCUUAUGAUAAGGAACCAGUGCACUUUCCAUUCUUAAUGUCAAACGAAUAUAUGCGAAAAUGGUUUAAUGAAAGAGACGUUUACGCGAAUGAUAGAUACGCUUCGAUUUUAACUGAGAAAGAAACUGCCAUGUUAAAGAGACGAUAUGUAUUACGGGAUAUGACAAAAGUGAAUUUCAAUAGAAUGAGAGAUUUUCCGUCGAAACAGAAAAACAGGUUUUCAUUAUCCAAGAAAAGUAACUCAAAUACAGCGACAAAACAAGAGCUCAAUCACACUUCUGAUUGAUCAAGAGAAAUAAACUUCAUCUACCUCAAUAUCAGAUAUUGAACAAUUGUUUUAUUUGUUAUGAGAAUGUUUCAGGAAUAUUGUUAGAUCAUAAAACCAAUAAGUAUUAUUUCUUUACUUUCCCACCAGUAACGUCACUUAUCCUUUACUGGUAACAAAAAAUUCAGUGUAUAAUUUCCAGCAUACGUUAUACAUCCCGGUCCCACCUGUUUAUUACCCAACUCCAGAAUAUUAUUACUCUAUUUACGCACUCCUGCAAGAAUAUUAAGAAAUAAUUUACCUUGU